GAAAGUUGGUCGCAUGAUACAAUGAAAUUUGUCAAUCUAUUUUCUUAUUCAAUUUGUUUCGAACGCCAAUAAUGCAUAUCAAAUUUCUCUUUUUUACUAAUGUAAUCAUCGUAUUCGCGAACAAUGUCUCGUGGGCAAAUCAACAACGCCAUAGAUUUUACGAUCAACAGUUAUCAUCACGUGGUAAAAAUGAUUCGAAGCUUAUAACGAGAGAAAGCAAUAAAGAAUUACAACUACAGGAGUUGAAAAAGGAUAAACCAAUAAUUAAACAACGUGUGGACGAGAAAGAAGAAACCGAAACUCCUUGGAGCUUAUCGAAAGAAAACGAUAGAUUGCAAUUUCACAUACAGGGUCACGAAGGACCACAAACUUACAUUUUUGGAUUCGAUACUGGUUACGGAAAGAAUAGACAGUAUAGACUGGAAGAAAGACAUCGGGAUGGCACGAUAAAAGGACAAUACGGUUAUUACGAUGCGAAGGGAAAAUUAAGAACAGUUCGAUAUAUUGCAAAACCGUUUGAAGGUUAUACAGAAAUACACCAUGAAAGUAACAUGGACAAGUUAAUAAGUUAAAUGGAAAAUUGAACUUAUAAAUUAAAUUAACCUUUAGCGUACGAGUAGAGAAAUCUCAAUCUCCGAAAAUUUGUUCUGAACGUUAAUACAAAAUCAUAGCUGUCUAUAAUAUUAAAAUACCAGAAGAUACAUCUUAAAAACUAUUUGAAUAAAUUUAUAAUGGGUAACUUUAAUGACCCCACUCCGUUAGUUACGUUUCAAAACAUAUUUUGUACUGCAAAGGUUAAACAUAGGUAUAAUACUCUUGACAUAAUUUUUAAAAUUUUCUAAUCACAGGCUCUAGAAAUUAUAACAUUUAACGAAAAAAAA